AUGGGUUGGCGAUCGUAUGUGGCGCCGGUAGUGGGGAGUGCGUUCGUCUCCACACUGGCGUUUCUGCUCGGUGCUCUAGGAUGUUCCUUUAUUUGGAUUGGUCUCAUCGUCGUUCUCAAUGUCACAAAAAGCUAUCUAUGGAAGAAAAGAGAACGAAGACUUCUGGCGUUGCGAGCGACUGCGACUCGAGAACGUGAAGUGGUGAUGGCUCAGUUACAAGAUCUGCCGGCCUGGGUUCAAUUCCCGGACACCGAACGAGUGGAAUGGCUCAACAAGGUAAUCCACCAACUCUGGCCUUAUAUUGGAGAAUACGGCAAAGUUUUUAUGACGGACUUCAUACUGCCUCAAAUCAAGGCCCAAAUGCCUGGAGUGUUCAAGAAUUUUAAGUUCACCAAAAUGGACAUGGGUGACAUACCGUGUCGCGUGGGUGGAAUCAAGGUAUAUACUACAAACGUCGGUAAAGAUCGUAUCAUCGUCGAUAUGGAAGUGGCAUAUGCUGGUGAUGCUGAUUUUACUGUGUCAUGCUGUGGAUUCACUGGCGGCAUGAACAACCUGCAGUUUUCCGGAAAACUUCGUGCUGUCUUGAUGCCGUUGCUACCGUAUCCUCCAAUGGUUGGAGGUGUCGUUGGCUCGUUUCUUGAAAUGCCGAAAAUAGACUUCAGCCUUACCGGUAUGGGUGAAAUGGUGGAACUUCCUGGAUUAAUGAAUGCGAUUCGAAUCCCGUUGGCUCAAAAUGUCGACGUUACAAAGUUGUUCCUUCCUGAACCUGAUGGAGUGAUUCGUCUGAAAAUCAUUGAGGCGAAAAAUCUCGAAAAUCGUGACAUCACGUUUAUCCAUAAGGGAAAAAGUGAUCCCUAUUGUGAAAUACAAGUUGGAUCGCAAUUUUUGAGGACUCGUACCAUUGACAACAAUCUUUAUCCAGUAUGGAAUGAGUAUUUCGAGGCUGUUGUUGAUCAGGCACAUGGACAGAAACUGCGUAUCGAGUUGUUUGACGAAGACCAAGGAAAAGACGAAGAACUCGGACGGCUGAGUAUCGAGUUGAAAGAUAUACAGAACAGAGGACAAGUGGAUAGUUGGUUCCCAUUGGAAGGGUGCCAACAUGGUGAUCUACAUUUGAAGGCAACAUGGAUGAAUCUGUCGAAGGACCGACGACAUUUGGAGAAACAAGAAUGGGAGACUGAAUGGUUACAAACCGACAAGCCAAUUCAUCCAGCGCUUAUUAUGGUAUUCGUCGACUCCGUAGCAGAUCUGCCGCCAUCACCGUUUGUCGAAGUCACACUUGGCAUGAACUCUCAGCGUACUCCAGUCAAGGUGAAAACGGUGAACCCGCUCUAUCAGUCAAAAUUUUUGUUCUUCGUUAGACAUCCGGCUGGUCAGGAACUCAAGUUUGAAGCGGUAGACGAUGGCACGCGCCGUUCACUCGGUUCGUUCACAAUGUCCCUGAGUCAACUGAUGAAGGAGCCUAACCUAGAGUACUACCAGCAGACAUUCAUGCUUACUCUUGGCGUGCAUCAAAGUCCCAUUGUUCUCACCGUGAAACUGAGGGCGUUGACGAGAGGCGAUCAAAAAUCCAUGGACGAUGGAAUUCUCGACGACGACACACUUAUGCAGUAUGCCAAUGCAAGUCAUAUCGAACGUGGAGGUUGGCAGGAGGAAGUGAAAGCGAAGACCAUGAACGGCGACUCGAUAGCCGUCGAACCAGCAAAGACCGUCAAUCCAUCGGCAGGUGUUCUAGAUCCGGAAAUUAAACUAAACGCUGAGGAGAUCACGAUGCUUCGAUCGGAUUCCACUUCCUCUGUAAACACCAGCUCGGGCCGGUCAACUCGUCUAGGUAGAAUGUUCCAACCAAAACACGAAAAAUCAUCGAAGAUUCGAGGCAAUUCGCCUCGCGGCGACGUUGAAAUGUCGAUUCGAUACGCUGAUGCCACUCGGAAACUGGUUGUGCAAGUGUUGCGAGCCAGACAACUGCUGCCCUGGGGAAAGGCUGGCCAUUGCAAUCCUUACGCGGUGGUGAAGCUGAUUGUGAUCGAAACCAACAAGGAGUUGCAAAAACGUAAAACAGGAGUCGUCAAGGACUCCCUGAGUCCAGUGUUACUAAAAGAUGAUACUAACUAUGGCACAUUUACGUCGAAACCGGUACUUGGCCAGAUCGAUAUUCGGUUAAGCAUGUUGGACACGCACACACUUUCUCAACAGUGGGUCCGAUUAGAAGCCGAGCAGAGUUAA